CGGGAGAUAACGUAGCAGACGAUUUUCAACCUUGACCGCAACAUCCGCCAUGUUUGCUUCGUCGGUGAUUCUUUCGAAGAGAUUUUUCUCUGUUUCUGCAACAAGAAAUGGCCCGAAAGUAGCUGUGGUUUUAUCAGGUAAUGGUGUUUUUGAUGGAAGUGAAAUACACGAAUCAAGUGCUGUCUUAUCACAUUUAACACGAGGAAAAGCAGAACCUCUUAUUUAUGCUCCUGAUGUAAAUCAGUUUCACGUAGUUAAUCAUUGUGUUGGCGAACCAAAUACAGCUGAUACAAGGAAUGUUUUAGUUGAAUCAGCAAGAAUUGCUAGGGGAAAAAUCAAGGCUUUAAGUGAAUUGAAAGCUUCUGAUCAUGAUGCUAUAGUAUUUCCUGGUGGAUUUGGAGCAGCAAAAAAUUUAUCAACUUUUGCCGUUGAUGGUGCAAAUUGUAAAGUUAUUCCAGAAGUAGCUCGUGUUAUAAAAGAAUUUCAUGCAUCCAAGAAGCCACUUGCAUUUUGCUGCAUUGCUCCUACUCUAGCAGCCAGAGUUCUAGGAAAAGUAGAGAUCACAUUAGGGCAAGAUAAAGAUGACGGUUCUGGAAAAUGGCCCUAUUGCGGAGCUGUCGAAGCCGUGAAAUCAUGGGGUGCUAUACAUCAUAAUACCAAUGUUGAUGGUGUCAUUGUCGACAAGAAUAACUUGGUGGUCACCACUCCUGCCUUUAUGUAUGAUACGCCGAAUUUCCACGAGAUUUAUGAUGGAGUUGGCAAAAUGAUUCUAGCACUUCUUCAUUUGUUAGGAAGCAAAUAAAUGCAGAAAAAUUGGAAUAUUUUGACAAAAGACUUUACACGAGAUAUAGUAUAUGUAAUAUUUACAAAAAUUGAAUUUUUCAACAAAAAUUAGGCCAAAAAAUAAUUACAACAAUAAAAAUUAUCAUAAUAAGCCCUUGUUCCUAUUUUAAAAGUCUUUUGUUAUGGGUAAGUUAAUUUCUUAAUGAUAUAUUUAAUAAGAAUGUGUUUCAAAGCAUCCUUUUUUUUUGUCACAGUAUAUGAUGAUUUAUGAUUGAAAAUUUCAUCUCUCUUUUAUGAAGGUUUGCAAACCUCAAUUAUGUUUUCUGUGGUGUUCAUUUGUAUGAAAUUACUUGAAACAGUUUUUGAUUAUUAAAAGUUAUUUUUGCUUAUUCAGUUUUAAUUAUAGAUGAAUUUUCAAUUAUUGGAUAACUGAUAUAUCAAUUAUUUUUGUAAUCAUUUCUUGGAAUUAAUAAGCAAACAAAUUAGUAUGUAUUUAAAUUCAAUUAUUGAUGAAUUAAUAGUAAUAUUUAUCAUAAUAUAAAUAUAUUGUGUAUGCUUUUAAGAAUAUUUUUUUUAAACAUUUUAAAAGACAUUUCUAAACAUUGAAGGACUAUGGAAAACUUCUUUAAAGAUUUAUUGUGUUUCUAUCAAUUAAAAAAUUAUAAAGUUUUCAUUCCUUUGAUACUUGCUAUUGAAAAAUAUAAUAAUCUACUUUAUUCUAUUUUUAUGUUAUAUAUAUAUAUAUAUAUUAUUAAGAACUACUGUGUUCUGUUAAUAGGAGAAAAAACAAACAGUUCUAGUUAUGCUCACUUCCUGUUUAGUAUCUUCUAUCAUUGCUGUUUUGCAAUGUUUGAUCUCUAAACAAUUAACCGUAGCCCAUUGGAAAGUUUUUAUUCUAACUUAGAAGUAAUUUUUUUACCUUUAUCCUAGUCUAUAGAGUUCUUUGUACUGUUGAAGAACCUAUAGAAAUUACUGUAUUCGCAUACAAUAAACACAUCGGUUACAACAGGCUGCAAGUGUGUUUGACUCAUUUCAGUAGCAAUAGUUAAAGGUGUUGCCUCAAAGUUGAUUAAGACCUUUAAAUGUGAAAGCAGCUUGAAUGCACUCAUCAUUUUAUAAGGAGGGAAACAGCAAAAGGAACCUACUUACCUAUUAUAAUGAAGUCCUUGUCCUCCUAGUGUCAACUGUGUAUUUUUGAGUAUUUGCUUAAUUUUUUGGAAGAUUUAAAUCUUUGUAUAAAUUAGCACAGCACUACAGGAUUCUUUGGCAUAUCAUGAAAGGCUAAACAUUGAUUUCUAUUGGAGAUAGCAGAGCAUUGAGGAAAUAAAUCAUACAAACACUAUGAAAACUCCAGAAAAAUUUUAAUCAAAAAUAUUUUCAAACCAGUUUAAUGGUUCAGCUUCAGUUGCUUACUACUAUGUUUGAAUAAAGGACUGAAUUCUUAAGAUAUUUGUAUGAUUUGUUUUGUAUAACUUUCCAAUUAUGUGUGGUUAUUGAUUGAGAGCAUUGAGAUAUAAAUAUACCAUCCAAUUGUUGUGUAUUAUCUUUUUUGUAUAGUAUAGGCAGAUGUACUAUCAAAAAGUAUAUUAAAUGUGUUGUGUCUUUGGAUUUCUAAGUUUAAGCAACAGUUCUCACACAGCUUAAUAAAAUAUAAAAUCAUGUCCAAGUUAACACUAUUUUAAUUUACUAUUAAAAUUAUUAAGUAAUGUAUUAACUCAUGUUUCUAAUUUCAUAUAUUGUUUUACUGAAUAUUAAAUAAGCAUGAUAUAAAGCAAUUUGUUAUAGCUGAUGUGUUUAUUGUAAAUGGUUACAGCAACUUAUACAGGUUCUUUCACAGUACAUAGAACUCUAUAGAGUAGGCUAAAAGUAAAGUUAGAAAAAUUAUUUCCCAACAAGCUGUAGGUACAGUACUUGUUUAGAGAUCAUACACACCAUAAAAUGUGAUGAAAUAGCAAUGAUAGAAUAGAAGAAAACAGGAAGUCAAGCAUACCUAGAACACAACCUAGCAAUGAAAUCUGCAACUGUUUCUUUUUCUUCCUAUUAAUUUACACAAGACCAAAACAUUAUCAUUUUACAAAUUCAGAUACAAUAACUCUUGUAUGUGACAGAGUAAUGAGUCAAAACUUUUCAGCUGUUCAUUUAAAAUAUAGCACUUUUUAAAUAAUGUAUUUUACAUGCACGUAAAAUACAUUUAUUUGCCAAUUAUAAUGAACUGGAAGAACUUUAGAGCUGAAAACUAUUAAUAUAUUGAUCAUGCGUUAAAGCAUAACAUCACUCUACAGUUGCUUUUUAAUCAGCAUCAAACAGUUUUGAAUAUAAAAUGCACUUCUCUGAUUUGACAAUAUGCAAAUAUAGGCCACAGGUUUCCAUUUCUAUUCAAUUUCAGUUUUGAAUAUUUGUCCCUGCAAAAGAAAGAUUUAUACAAGAUAAACAAUUUUUUCCCUUAACCUCUUCUAUUUAUAUCUAGAAAGCUAAUUUAAAACUUUUUGCAUAUAUUAAGUGAAUUGUUAAAAGAAGUCAGUUUUCCUUCAAGCUGCAAUAUUAUUAUUAUCUAAAAAUUGCUUUUUGUUGUGUUACAAGACUUUAUUUUAUCUAGUAUUGUUGUUUUAUUAUUUGCAAUAUUUUGAAACAUAUUUCAUUAAAUUAUGUUUUCAGAAUACUACUUUUAGCAUUAAGUUCAUCAUUAUGUAAUAGAUCUGUAAAUAUUUUAAAUUCUUUUUUAAAAUCAAUAGACGCUUAUUUCAAAGUAUGUUAUAUAACAGUUGAAAAACUGUAGAUUUAUUUUCUCAAAUUCCAUUUUUAGAGAAAUACAACCUGUUUGUUACAGGUAACAGUUUUUUUUUUUCUAUUCAAAAAACUAAAAGUUGUUUUAUCAGAUUAGAUUUACCAGAAAUAGUAUAUUAAUAUUGUUAUAACACAUAAAAUGCAAUAAAAUUUAAUUUUUAUCUGUAUUUUCAUCCUAAGAUAAUAUGAAAGGAAACUAGUUACAGAAACAGUGUAAAUCCAGUACAAAUACAGGUAUGUGGUAUUGUGCUGCUUAUUCAUUCAUCCUUGUAUUUUGUUAUAUUUUUGGAAACUUUUAAACCAAUGUAUGACAACUGGAAGAACUUUGAGACAAUUUUGUAAGCCAACAAAUAACAGAUGCCUUGCAGUUAAGUGCAAUACAUAAUUGUAAUAAAUAGAUUUAAUAAAAACACUAAUAUAUUAAA